ACAAGAAUCCGCAGGAAGUUGCUCCCCCGCUCGUCGUCGUCGCCGCCGCCGCGCGCGGUCGGUUCUGAGUGCGUGUGAACUGAACCGAACUGAACGGCAGGGGGUUGGGAGUGGGCGGCCGCCGCGCGCCGGUUCCCGCUCACCCGCCAGUCAGUCAGUCCGUCCGUCCGACCAACCAACCAACCAACCGCCGCCCACGCGCGUGGAAGCCGCUGGCGGGGUUUCAACCGCGAGCCAGACUGACAAGGUUGGUGUCGUGAGAGGGGGGGAAGCAGGAGGCUCGUCCCGUCCCUGUCGUCCGAGGGACCAUGUGUCAGGUGGAGGAAGACUACAAGGACGAGGCGCUGCAGAGGACGGCGGCCUUGAGUGUUGGACAAAAAUGUAUGAAGUGUAAAGAGGGCUGCGCUGUGGUAGUCAUUCGAGUUGGAGAUGCGUUUUGUAAAUCCUGCUUCAGAGACUACUUUGUACACAAAUUCCGUGCUAUGUUGGGAAAAACACGCCUCAUUUUUCCAGGAGAGAAGGUCUUAUUGGCAUUAUCAGGUGGCUCCACAUCGAGUUCAAUGUUGUGUCAGGUUCAAGAGGGUUUGAGUAGAGAAGCUUCAAAGAAAUUGCGUUUUUCUCCUGGGAUUGUCCAUAUAGAUGAGGGAGCUGUGUGUGGUCGAAGCGCAGAAGAAAGACAGGAAACAUUAAUGCAGCUGGAAGCCAUAUUCCAAGCUUCAGGAUUUCCCUAUCACAUAGUCUAUUUAGAAGAGGUGUUCAAAUUGCCUAAUUCCAUACUGCAGAGUGUGUCCUCCAGUCCAACAAGCCAUGGCCAGAAUUAUAAAGAGGCAGUGGAUGAUUUCCUACAAAAACAGCGAGAGGCCCUGAUUGAUGAAUGUCACGCAUUCAGAACAGAUUGAAGCAAAAUUUGACCAGCUCAGUACCUCUACUGCUGUGAGGAAGAGAAUUCUGCAACAAUUUUAUCAGAAACUUCCCCCAGUGGAAAGUGGCCAUUUACCUUGGAGCAAACCGAGGCUGUAAAGGAACUGUUUAGUUCAGUAAAGACAUUGACGGCCAAAGAGGAGUUGCUGCAGACAUUACGACAUCAUCUGAUCCUGCAUACAGCAAGGAACAAAGAAUACAGUAAGAUAAUGAUGGGAGACAGCUGUACGCGAUUGGCAGUAAAACUUCUGACUAAUAUUUCUCUGGGACGUGGAGCCUCAUUGGCUGUUGAUACAGGAUUUUCAGAUAAUCGUUAUGGAGACAUCAUGAUUUUACGACCGAUGAGGGAAUACUCAUCUAAAGAAAUUGCUUUCUACAACAAACUCUUUGAGGUUCCUACUGUUUUCACUCCAGCAUUGGACACAAAGGCCAGUGAUAAAGCUAGUAUCCAUCGAUUGACAGAGAGUUUUGUCAAUAAAUUACAGACUGAUUUUCCAUCUACUGUAAGCACUGUGUACAGGACCAGUGAGAAGCUGAACACAGCUUGUUCGGACAUAAACAGUGGGGUUGAACAGACUGAUAAGUGUUUGCUUUGUCUCUGUAUUAUGGACACUAAAGUAGAGGAAGCCUCAGCAUUCCAGGCAACACUAAUAUCAGAGAAACUGUCAUGUAAGCAAUCCCCUGACCAAAUGCCUGUCAACAAGGUCUCUGAGCAAUCCUGCUGUGAUAAUCAAGCUGAAGAGAAAGGAAAGUGCUGCAGUACAAACUCAGGAGCUUGUCAUCCACCAGUAAGCAACACAACCACUGAUUUCCUCACGCUACUGUGCUAUAGCUGUAGACUGACUGUGAAAGAUAUGGUGUCACUGUCCCUUUUACCACAGUACGUUUUGUCUGAAGCAGAACGUAGAAAACGCAGAGCCCAGGUGAGAGAACAGAUCCAGGAGUUCCUAUUGCCUCCUGAGGACGAAAGCGAUGAAAACUACUGAACAUUGCAAAGAACAAGGAGCAACCUCGCAAUUUUUCAAGAUUAGACAAAAGUAUAUUUAAUUUGGGAAUAACCAGUAAAGUAUUCAUCGUGGAUUUCACAUAAAACAAAGCCAAGCAAUAUAUAAAAAAUUAUCAUGCAGCUUGAAUUAUUGCUGUUAGAUUGCUACACAUUUGCUAUGACUUCCCAGCAAGAAAGUCAAUGUCAAAUGGGCUGAAUUAUAAUCAAUGGCACCAAGAUGGAUCUCUCCCUUUAAGGCUACUUAAUAUGUAGUUUUGUAUUCUCAUUUAUUUUGCGCUGCUCCUGCAGGUUGGAUUUAACUUUAAAUGUUAAGUCUGUAAAUACUAACGUUGUUGAAAUAUUAAAUAAAUUUGAAAUGUACUCUCUCCCA